AUGGCUGAAGAAGGCAUCAAUGAUUGGAAAAAUGCCAGUCAUUUCCUCAGCACACAUGAAAGUAGCAUAGAACACAAUAAAACAUGGAAGGAACUGGAGGUCAACAAUGCAAGAGGAAGGACGAUAGACCGACGGGAAAUGGAAAAGUUAAUGGCUGAGUGGAACAGGUGGCGCCAAGUCCUCAUUAGACUAGUGGCUCUAAGAGGGUCAACCGAAAAACUUAAAUGUCCUUCCAAUGGUAAUUUUCUCCAAGAAGUGGAACUUUUGGCUAAAUUUGAUCCAUUUAUGAAGAAUCAUUUAAGUAGGGUUGAAAGUAAUGCAGGCAAUCACAGUCACACUCACUACCUUGGCCAAAUGAUCCAAAAUGAACUGAUUAACAUUAUAAGUGUAAAGAUUACUGAGAGAAUCGUGGACGAUAUCAAAGCAUCGAAAUACUUCUCUAUUAUUUUAGACUGCACCCCUGAUUUGAGUCACAAAGAGCAACUUUCUCUCAUAAUCAGGAUAGUGGCACUUGAAGACAAGUCAACAAUAAAGGAGCAUUUCUUGGGGUUCCUUGAGGUAGAGAAGUCUUCUGGGCUAAAUUUGUCAUGCCUUCUACUCGGAAGACUGAAACAACUGAACAUUUCUUUUGAGGAUUGUCGAGGUCAAUCUUACGACAAUGGAGCAAAUAUGAGAGGAACAUCAAAAGAGUUCAAGCCAGGCUUCUUCAACAGAAUUCUCGGGCCUUAUUUGUCCCACGUCAGAUGGGAAAGCCGAGUAAAAAGUGUGGAGGCAAUUAAAUAUCAACCUGCGCAAAUCAGAGAAGCGCUUUUGGAGUUCAGAGAAUCUGCAACUGACCCUGUCGUCAAAGUUGAGGCUCAAUCGUUGGCAGAGGAAGUAGGGUCAUACCGUUUUGUCAUUUGCCCAGUUGUGUGGUAUGAUAUACUCAGCAAAAUUCAGCACGUGAGCAAACUAAUGCAGUCGACUACGAUGCAGCUCGGCGUGGCUGUAGAUCUGCUUAAGAAGACCAGAGAUAAUAUUGUCAGCUACAGAAAUACAGGUUUUGCUGAGGCACUAACUAUUGCUAAAGAAAUCUGUGAAGCGAUGAACGUAGACACCGUGCUGAAACAGAAGAGACUAAGAACUAAAAAAUGCCACUUUAGCUAUGAGAGUGCAGACGAACAUGUCAGCGAUGCACUCAAGAGGAUGGAGACUACAUUUUUCAAUGUGGUAGUGGACACUGCGAUUUCCUCUCUUAAUGAGAGGUUCAAGACCUUGGGCGAGGUGAGUGAAAAGUUUAAAGUAUUGUUAGGGUUCACGGACAUGUCUGACAAAGACAUCGUCGAUCACUGCCAAACCCUCAGCAACACGCUUACUCAUGAGGGACACUCAGACAUUGAUGGAAGGGAACUGGCCAUGGAGCUGCAGAGUGUCCCAGAUUUGCCUUCCAAGAGAAUGACAACAAUGGAUUUUCUUACCUUCCUGCAUGAAAAGAAACUUACUGAAGUAUUCCCGAACUUGUGGGUAGCUCUGCGGAUCUGUGCAACUCUCCCUGUAACAGUGUAG